UGUAGCUGUAGACGCCGGUUGGUGGUUGGACGGCCGGUUGGACUGUUUGUGUUGUUUUGUUGUAGUUUGAGGUGUAAAGUUGAUUAAAAUGUCCCAGAUGCAGCUGUUGAGGUUGUUCAUCAGUGAGCGGCUGAGUGCGGCUGCUGAGGAGAUCUUUGCCGCGGUGCAGAGGACAGUAACGGAGACGGAGACCGAGGAGGAACAACACGGAGACCAACGAGGACUGAAACAAGAAGAGCUUUUACACAGAGACGAUACGCCACAGGUCUUUGUCUGUGCACAUGAGGAGAAACACUUCGGGCAGGAGUGGAGUCCUGAGAGCUGCCACAACAACCCUAGUGUGGAUCAGGACGACUGUGGGCUGCUGCUCCCAGAGCCUGCAGCAAUCAAACAGGAGCAGCCAUGGAGCAGUCCAGAGGGACAACAGCUACCGGAUCUGGAGGACUCUGAUAACAGCACUCUGUCAGUGACACCCACCUGCAUGAAGAAUUGCAUUUACUCAGACAUGACUGAGAUACAAACUCAUCAGGAUACAGGAAAUGAAGACAGAAAGCCUGUACCUAACAUCUCAGCUGACCACAGAAAGGUUGAAGGAAACACUCAGUCAAGCAGUGAAUGUUGGACUCUUUUGCCAGAUUGUUCUGUAACUCUUAAUAACAUGGGGCCGGAGUUGGGUUUAGAAACACUGACUAAAAGUUAUGAACCUCACAGCCCAACUCCACCAAAUAACGAGACAAAGAGAAGAAGCAAAUCCUACUGCUGCCGUUACUGUGGCAAAGAAUUCAGCCACAGCGCACAUCUGGCCACACACACUCAAAUCCACACCGGUGAAAAACUGUUCGUCUGUGAGGUGUGUGGUAAAGAGUUUCGACACGGCAACAGUGUGGCUGUGCACAUGAGGAUUCACACGGAGGAGAAGCCGUACUGUUGCAGGAUCUGUGGAAAAGAGUUCCGCCAUAUAGGCAACUUGAACGUACAUACGAGAAUCCACACGGGAGAGAAACCCUACACAUGCACAGUGUGCGGGAAGAAGUUCAGUCGAAAUAAUUUGAUGACAAAACACAUGGCUAUACACACAGGUGAAAUGAGUUUAAGCAUGAAGAGCGUGUUAAGACGAGGUUCAGUUGGCAUGACUUCAUGAGAGUUGAGUGCUGCUCUGGUGGAAUAUCCAGUUUACUGCGGGACAACAGGCAAAUCUGCCCUUACUAUGUAGAAUAUAUAUAAUAUAAAAUGUAAUAGGAAAAACAUAGGAUGGGUUUUAAAGGUACAGUGUGUAGGAUUUAGUGAUAUCUAGUGGUGUGGUUGCAGAUUGCGUACCCAUUCACUCACUCCCUUUCCAUGACUGCAGUAACGUGAGC